CCAACUUCUAAAACUCGGUAACUUAACUUAAACAAAGAAACUACUUUCUACACCAGUCUCUACAUCUACACGCAUCUAACUGCCUUUAUCUUCGCCUUCAUAUUAUCAAUAACUACCUAGUUUACUCUCCUAGAAAGCCAUAGGACACCUAGUUAAUAGUGCCAGUAUCCGAUACCACCUAAUCACGAUGACGAACGACGCCGCGGGGCCAGUGCCGCAGGCAGCAUCAGCCAUGACACUGGAAAACUACAGCUUUCCUGCACACCGUCUUCUGCGACAGCAAAUCGACCCCGAACGGAUCCCGCUCGUGCUGGUCGCUUGCGGCAGUUUCUCUCCCAUCACAUAUCUCCAUCUUCGAAUGUUCGAGAUGGCCAACGACUAUGCCCGUAUAAAUACCCAGUAUGAGGUUGUCGGAGGCUAUUUAUCACCUGUGAGCGACGCUUACAAGAAAGCUGGAUUGGCAGAGUCACGCCACAGAGUGCGCAUGUGCGAAGUGGCAGCGGAAGAGACAUCAAGUUGGCUGAUGGUUGAUCCGUGGGAGGCUCUUCAACCUGAUUAUAUGCCAACUGCCAAAGUGUUGGAUCACUUCGAAUACGAAAUUAAUCAAGCCGGUAAUGGCGUUUUGGCUGCAGAUGGCGAAACCAGAAGGCCGGUCAAGAUCAUGCUGCUAGCAGGUGCAGACCUAAUCGGCACUAUGUCAACGCCAGGCGUAUGGGCUGAGAAGGAUCUCGACCACAUAUUAGGAAAUUAUGGAGCUAUGAUCGUCGAAAGGGACGGAACCGAUAUGGACGAGGCUCUAGCCAACCUGAAGCAAUGGGAAGACAACAUUCACGUUAUCGCACAGAUGAUACAAAAUAACGUGAGCAGUACUAAGAUCAGGUUAUUCCUUAGGCGCGACAUGAGCGUACAAUAUCUAAUUCCAGCAUCCGUCAUCCAGUAUAUCGAUCAAAACAGGCUUUACACGGAUGACGGUGAGGGGAAGUCUAAGGAGAAAGACAAGCAACGAGCAACGAACUGAAGCAUCACCAACCCGUGAG